ACGAUGUAAAGACCCUGAAAUUUUAUAUUUCCCUAUUCCAUUCUUGUCAAAGCUGGAACUGAAAACGAGAGAGAGGGAGAGCAGAAUCGCAGAUAAAAGAAGAAAUCAAGAAUCAUAUUCGUAAGGAAAAGUAGAAGAAGAAGAAGAAAGAAGGUGGAGAAGAAAGGUGCAGAGCGAAUAAAGAAAUCAAGAACGGAGAGACCUCCGCAUCUGUUUGACUUGUGAGGAGAUUGCUCACUCUUCUCACACUCGCGCAUACAUACAGAGAGUCUGAACAGUAAAGGACACCUUAGGGUCGAAUUCGAAGGGAGACAAGAACAAGAUAAUCAAGAAAGGAAAGAUUUACUCUAAAUUCGACCUUUGAUUUUAAUUUUCAUUCAAUUCGAUUCAACUGAGAUGAGUGGGAGUGGAAGUGGAAGUGGAAGUGGAAGUGGAAGUGGAAAGGGGGAAGGGAAAUCGGAGCAAGCCGGGACUGCGGGAUCUUCGGGACCUUCGGGGUCGUCUUCCUCUGCAGCGGCAACAGAGAAGCAGAAGGAGAAAGCUCGGGUGAGCAGGACGUCCCUGAUACUCUGGCACGCUCACCAGAACGACACUGGUGCUGUGCGAAAGCUUCUUGAGGAAGACCGUUCUCUUGUUCGUGCGAGGGAUUACGAUAGUAGGACUCCUUUGCAUGUUGCUUCUCUUCAUGGUUGGAUGGACGUCGCCAAAUGCCUCAUCGAGUCCGGUGCCGAUGUCAAUGCCCAAGAUCGUUGGAAGAACACGCCCCUAGCAGAUGCAGAGGGAGCUAAAAAAUAUAGCAUGGUCGAGCUGCUGAAAUCAUAUGGUGGCUUGUCGUAUGGCCAAAAUGGCAGCCAUUUUGAACCAAAGCCUGUUCCACCCCCUCUCCCAAACAAGUGUGACUGGGAAAUUGACCCUUCUGAGCUGGACUUCAGCAAUGCAAGUAUUAUUGGAAAGGGGUCUUUUGGCGAGAUUGUGAAGGCCUCUUGGCGUGGAACUCCUGUAGCUGUGAAACGCAUUCUUCCUUCUCUUUCAGAUGAUAGAUUGGUGAUCCAGGAUUUCAGGCAUGAGGUAAAUUUGCUAGUGAAGUUGCGCCACCCCAAUAUUGUCCAAUUCCUUGGAGCAGUCACUGAUCAGAAGCCGCUGAUGUUGAUCACUGAAUAUCUACGAGGGGGUGAUCUUCACCAGUACCUCAAGGAAAAGGGAUCACUAAGUCCGUCUACAGCAGUCAACUUUGCUUUAGAUAUAGCCAGGGGUAUGGCUUAUCUCCAUAAUGAACCAAAUGUCAUAAUUCACCGAGACCUAAAGCCAAGGAAUGUUCUGUUGGUCAACACCAGUGCAGACCAUUUGAAGGUUGGAGAUUUUGGAUUAAGUAAACUCAUCAAGGUUCAGAAUUCUAAUGAUGUGUACAAAAUGACAGGAGAGACUGGCAGCUACCGCUAUAUGGCUCCAGAAGUCUUCAAGCACCGCAAAUAUGAUAAGAAGGUUGAUGUUUUCUCCUUUGCGAUGAUACUUUAUGAGAUGGUUGAAGGAGACCCACCUUUGUCCAACUAUGAACCUUAUGAAGCAGCAAAAUAUGUGGCAGAAGGACACAGACCCAUUUUUCGUUCCAGAGGUUACACUCCUGAACUGAAAGAGUUGAUAGACCAGUGCUGGGCUGCUGACAUGAACCAGAGACCAGCUUUCUUGGACAUCCUCAAGAGACUUGAAAAGAUUAAGGAAAGUGUUUCUGCGGAUCAUCACUGGAGCAUCUUUACUGCAUGACUGCCAAGCAAUGCCACAAGUCCAUGGGUCCGACCUUGUUAAUUUUCUUCGAGGUUCGGUCAUUUUCUUUUCUGCUGCUUUUUUAGUUGUACAGAUUGAGAUGUAAGAUACACCCAAUUGGAUGACUUCAAAAAAGUAUGGGUUAUUUGA